AAAUAAUUUUUAAAAACGUUUUUUCUUUUGUGCACUCUGUUACGAUGAUGGCGUGAAAGAAAGAGAGAAAGAGAAAGAAAAUGAUGAUCAGUCAAGCGAGCUGUUUUUGGGAAGAGAGACUCAAAAAUCACAACAAGACCAAAGAUAAGAUCCUGACAAUGACUAAAGUAUGUCCUGAAAUGAAAGCAAGAGUGUGUGAAAAAUCGGUAGUGUUUGAACCUAUUUCAGCAGAUGUGAGCUUUGCUUCUAAUAGAUUUCCAUCAUACAAGUUAGGACCUGAUGAUCAGAUCAUUGAUGAGCCUGAAGAAGAUGAAAAAGGUCCAUCUGUUAAAGAUGUCGUUGACAAAGAGACACGAGCUUUGUCAGAUCAACACAAGCGUCUUUCAGUUCGUGACCUCGCUUGCAAGUUCGACAAGAACUUAGCUGCAGCUUCUAAACUAGUUGCCGAGGCAAAGUCGAAGGAGGUGAAUUCAUUGGAAGGACAUGUUAUGCUAAAGAAACUUAGAGAUGCUUUAGAAGCCAUGAGAGGUCGUAUGGAUGGGCGUAACAAGGACUCAGUAGAAAAAGCAAUCUCCAUGGUUGAGUCACUAGCCGUUACGUUAACUCAACAUGAAGGUGGGCUAAUUCAAGAAAGGUUUGAAGUGAAGAAACUUGCAAGCUUCCUCAAGCAGGCUUCAGAAGAUGCUAAGAAGUUAGUAAACCAGGAAAGGUCGUUUGCUUGUGCUGAAAUCGAGAGUGCAAGGGAUCUUGUGAUGAGACUUGGUGGGGAAUUUAAUGAAAGUGAGCGUUGUUCUAAGGCUUCUCAAGAUCAAGGACCUAAUGUGGAGAAACUAGUUGAGGAAGUUCAGGAGGCUAGAAGAAUCAGACUGAUGCAUCAACCAACCAAGGUGAUGGGCAUGAAACAUGAGAUUCAUGAUUUAAAGAGUCAAAUUCAAGAGAAGUCAGCAUAUUCAGUUAAACUUCAAAGAGAGAUAGGAAGAAUCAAGAGAGUGGAAGGGUCCAAGUCAUGUCCGUAUGUUCUUGAUGGUGCACAAAGUCUUGGCUCGUGUCUAAGAAUACGUGCCUCCUCAGAGAGUGCUUCAGAUGUUUCCAAAUGUUCAGUCCAGUGGUACCGUGCAGCAUCUGAGUCUAGUCGAAGAGAAGCUAUCUCUGGUGCCAACCGAUCGGUGUAUGCUCCAGAACCGUAUGAUGUUGGGAGGGUAAUACAAGCAGUCGUUCUUUCUAAUGCCCAGAAGUUCACUGUUACAACCGAUGGUCCUAUUAAUACUGCUUCUGGCUUGCAAUCGCGGGUUGAAUCACUCAUGCGCAAAUCCAACAGUGAAUUCACAGUGGUUAUAUCACAGAUGAAUGGGCAAGAACAUGCGUCAAGAUCCCACGUUUUUACUGUUGGAAAGACGAGGAUAAAGCUGUCCAGAGGAUGGAUCACAAAGGCCAGAGAAAUAUAUUCAAACUCCAUGCAGAUGUGUGGAGUGAGAGACAAUGCAAAUGUUCCUGCAAAGACAUUGUUCUGGCAACCACGAAAGGGUUUAACUUUCUUGCUGACUUUUGAGUCGGAGCAAGAACGUAAUGCAGCCAUUGUUCUCUCCCGGAAAUACGCAUAUGAUUGCAGUGUCACUCUGGUUGGUCCAGACGAUUAGAGCUUAUGAUGAAGAUAUCCUAAAAGUGUUUGCUGCAUAGUUUUAGGCAGGAAGCACAUUUUGUGUGUGUUUAGUUGGUUGGCAUUUUCUUAUUUGAUUUGAUUGGUUUAGUUAUUAUUAGUGUGAGAUUGUAAUCAAGUUUUGUUUGUAUGUAAUAACAGAACAGUGUUUCGUUUAUUCAAUGAUUAAUGUAAUAAAAAUGAAAAAAAAAAUAUAAAGAAUUUGUGUAUUAACU